UCUAAAACAAUGAUUCAAUUAUUGUCCACCGUACUUUUCGUGAUUGUGUAUAUUUUUUCUCCUGUAGUAUCACAUUCUUGCAAUGAAGAAAAUAGUCCUGAAAGACAGUCAAACGUACUGGAUAUUCGUGUAGCAAUGGAUUCUGAUACAACUUCUAUAAACUUACAAAGUACAGUAAAUGGUGGUACAAAAUCAAUUUUAACUAAUAUUACAGACGAAGAACAUCCUGCAGGGGCACCUCUUACAGACGCUAGUUAUGACAAAAGUAAUUUAGCCGUAAAGUUGGGUUAUUUAAAGGCUGAGUUACAGACAAUUGAUAGGACACUGAAGGAUAUGCAAAAUGGAUACAAAACAUUUAGCAUUAACACCGAUCAGCAAUUCUGCCAGAGAACCAAAACAUCCUUAGGAGUAAAUUACAAUCCUUGUACAAAAACAGUGAAGAAUCAAACAUCCUAUGCUAAAAACUGCAGAGAAGUUCAAAAAAAUGGGAAUAAUGUAACAGGAGUCUAUGAAAUCUUCCCCACCUACUCAAAAGCGCCCUUUUUCGUGCAUUGUGAUAUGGAAACAAAGGGGGGAGGUUGGACUCACAUACAAAAAAGAUUUGACGGAUCGCAAGACUUCACACUCGAAUGGCGGGAGUACAAAUUUGGCUUCGGAGAUCUGGAAGGCGAAUUCUGGUUAGGAUUGGAAAACAUAUAUUUACUAACAGGUUAUGGAUUAUCAGAACUCCUAGUAGAAAUAGUGGAUAGGGACAACGUGUUUGCCUAUGCCCAUUAUACUUCUUUCGCAGUAGGUCCUGAACCUGAAGGAUAUAAUCUGAAACACCUGUCAGGAUUCAGUGGGGACGCAGGGGAUUCAUUAACUUACAAUCUAGGACAAAAAUUCUCCACAAAAGAUUUGGAUUUUACAGAGAAUUGUGUUUCAAAAUACCCUGGUGGUUGGUGGUAUAAGGCCUGUCAUAUCAGCAAUCUCAAUGGGAAGUAUAUAAACAUUGAUAUUCCUUCAAAAUUCGUCUUUCAAGGAUUGCACUGGAAAACGUUCAGGAGUCACGAGUAUUGCCAUUCAAAAUCUAGAAUGUUAGUUAGGCCUGCCAAAUAAAAGACGUAUAUUUAAUUCCAAAAUUUGCUAAAUACAAAAAGUAUUGACUUGUCGAAUAGUUCUUUUUAAAAUAAAUGUU